AUGUCUGCUGUUGUCGCUUCUGCAAGAUAUGGCAAGGACAAUGUCCGGGUCUACAAGGUCGAAAAGGACCAGAGCACUGGUGUUCAGACAGUUACAGAAAUGACUGUCUGCGUGCUGUUAGAAGGAGCCAUUGAUACUUCGUACACGAAAGCCGACAACAGCGUAGUAGUAGCAACUGACUCCAUGAAGAACACCAUCUAUAUCAAGGCUAAGGAGUACCCCGUCACACCUCCCGAGCUCUUCGCCAGCAUCUUGGGUACACACUUCGUCGAAGCCUACGCCCAUAUCACUGUUGCCAACGUCAAGGUCAUCACCCACCGAUGGACUCGCAUGGCCAUCGACGGCAAGCCACACCCACACUCCUUCUACCGCGACGGCAAUGAGACCCGAAACGUCGAGGCAAAGAUCACAAAGGGCAAGGGCAUCGAUAUCCGCAGCAGCAUUGUCGGCUUGCUGGUAUUGAAGAGUACCGGCUCUGCAUUCCACGGAUUCGUGCGGGACGAAUACACCACACUCCCUGAGGUUUGGGACAGAAUCCUAUCGACGGACGUCGAUGCCACUUGGGUCUGGAAGACAUUUGCGGGAAUGAGUGCUGUCAAUGCUGCAAUCCCUAACUUUGACAAGGCGUGGAAUGAUGCCCGGUCCAUCACCAUGAAGACGUUCGCGGAGGAGAGUAGCCCCUCGGUGCAGAACACCAUGUACAAGAUGUGCGAGAAGAUCUUGGAAGCUGUUCCCGACGUCAGCAAUGUGGAGUACAAGCUGCCCAACAAGCAUUACUUCGAAAUUGAUUUGUCUUGGCAUAAGAACACCAAGAACACGGGCAAGGACGCGGAGGUCUACGCCCCUCAAUCGGGACCGAACGGACUAAUCGAAGUCAACGUUGCUCGUUCGAGCAUGUCAUCCAAGCUUUAA